AUGGCUCCUAGUGCACCAGCAACAUCACCUGAGCCAGCAACAUCCCCUGGACUGGCUGCAUCUUCCACAUCGCCUCCUGUGUCUGGAUCCUCAGCGGCAUCUUCGGUAUCGCCUCCAGCGCAGUCGUCUUGGGAGGCAUCCUCUGCACUUUCUUCGACACCUGGUCUCACGUCUGCCACCAAGACCGAGACUGAAUCUUCUGCGAUGGAGUCCUCAAUGAUCUCGACGACUGCUGGUUCAUCUGGUUUUUCAGUGCCCGCACAAUCACCUCCAGAUGCUUCCACUUCUACUUCGAUCUCUGCCACCACAAGCGAGACCGAGUCUUCUGCAGUUUCGUCAACUUCUGGCCCUGUUGUGCCAUCUUCUGGGUCGUCUGGUUCAGAAUCGUUGACUUCAGUGUCUUCAGCAUCAGCAUCGUUGCCAUCGCAGUUUUGGUCGUCGUCACCAGAUGCAUCUCCAAGCUCAGUUGCGACAAGCUCGGGAACACGAACCGCAUCAACAUCGCAGCUCGAGUCUACAACGUCACCUGUUGUCACAGUUACGUCAAGUGGUUCGUGGCAGUCAUGGCAGACUUCUGCAGCUACAACUGUUGUUUCCUCCGCUUCGAGCUCAGCGUCCCAGUCACCGAGCAUGACCGCAUCGCAGGAUAGUUCAACCGUUAGCCUGUCGUCGUCGUCAUCGAUGGGUAGCUCUGCUUGGACUGAUUCGACCAAAUCAAGUUCUGUGUUUGUCUCCUUGGACUCCUCGUCUGCUGCCGGCUCCUCUUCGCAGACGACUGCAGAGAGGACGUCAGAUUCCCAGACCUCAAGUGUGACAACAUCGAACUCGGGUAUCUCAACGUCAGCAGUCUCAUCUGGGGCGCCAAGCACGACUGGUAUUUCUUCGUCCUGGAUCUCUGCCUCUACAAUUACGACUGGUACAACUUCCGGCUGGAGCUCGGGCUCCGUCAAUCCAUCUCCGAGCACUGGAACGUCUUCCGAGCAAUCUUCUGUCGCAGUCUCCUCAGGUGCACGGUCUUCUCAGAGCUUGAGCGUCACGACAGCGACGGCCACGUCGUGGGUCUCGUCACUGUCUCAAGCUACAACAACCACAACUCGCGAUUCCUCACAGUCUACUGGGCAAUCUUCUGGAACAGCUACUGGGAGCGCUUCUUCGUCUCAAGACUCGAACAACGUUGUGACCUCGGGUACACCAUCAGCCUCCUCGGCAUUAGGAACUUCCAGCACUGCAGCAACGUCAGGUGCAUCAUCGGCUUCUGAUCGAUCAUCCAGCAACGCAGCUACAUCAGACGUCUUGUCUUGGGCAUCCACUACUGUUGUUUCGAGAUCUGCCAGCGAUCCCACGACUUCGAACCCAGCCCAGACUUCUUCGCCGUCUUCGCAAUCCUCCGGGCCACCAACCAUGAUCAUUUCUAACCCGACAGCCUCUACGUCGAAUGCCGCCGGCACUCGGAGCGGAGGUGGUGGUUCGAUUGCUACAAAGUCUUCAGGCCAAGGCUUUACUUUCACAGCCACUCCCACAUCUAGCGGUAUCGCCUCACCGAUGCCAACAGGCAUGUUGCGCGAAAUCUGUCCGAAGUGCUCUGGGGCUACAUGGUGCAGCCCGUUGGAAAGCUUAUAUGUGAACAAGCUGCCAGUGUUUCCUCCCGCAGAAUGCCUUGACAAUGAGUGGUGCACAAAGUGCUGGCCGAAGCCGCCAGAGUUCAACAUGGAGAUUUGCCCACUGGAGUGCUGGCUCUUGGACUGGUGCAGGCCACUCUGCAGACCCGUUGACAAACUUCCAAUCGAGCCUCCAGAGAAGGGCCUGAAGCUCCCUUGGUUUCUCACCUGGUGGUGGAAGUUGCCAGUGAAGGACUGCGUGCCAAACGAUUGCAAGGCUGAGUGUUUCGCAUGGUACGGUCUCAGCCUUGCGAUCUUCAAGCGCCCUAUCUGUCCAUGCGUUCCUCGAACUUGCACCAAGGGUGAAGACAAAGAGAACAAGGACAAGAAGAAGUGCAAGCUUUUCGGAUGUGGCUGCGGGUGGAUGGGUCUUCCCCUCGGUCCUGGCUGUGUCGAUAUCCAGGUCGACUUCCCUAAGAUUUUCCCAUUCGGAGUCUUUGGUCAGAACCCUUGCAAGUGGUUUGGCGGUUGUAAGCCCGGUCCUGGUCCGAAACCUGGCCCCCCGCCUGAAGACGACAACCCGAACGACGACGACUUUGGCGACGAAGGCUGUGGUCCAUUCGGUUGCAGGGGCUAUUGCUACGUCGAAGGAGGCUGCGAACCGUGCCCACGCGAGAUCUGCGGCGGCCCCAAGUGCACCAAACCUGGAGGCUGUGGACCGAAGACCGGACCCGACCCCAUGCCAGAGCCAACGCGGAAGAGCAAGUGCGAGGAAGACCAGAAGACCACGGUCACUGAGCGCAUCGUCUCUUGCUUUGUCGAUCUGAAGGUGGAGCCAACGACCAUCAUGUCAAUCAACUACACCCUGACAGAGACUCUCACGUCGGCAUGUCUAUCCUUCGAAGCAACGUACACCGGCUGCGGCAUUCUAGGCACGACAACGACAACCACCGUCUCCAGCUUCACGAGCACCAGCAGUGAAGCACCAGCGUGCACACGCGCCCCGCUCGACCUCGACAACGACGAAGGCGACAACGCACAGCCGACGAAAACAACAGAUGGCCCAUCGUGCACGCGCGCUCCACUCAUGCUGGAUGAUGACGAAGGCGAUAACGAGCAGCCAAAGUCUUCGGAAGCUCCUGCCUGCACACGUGCUCCGCUGUCGCUUGACGACGAUGAAGGUAACAACGAGAUGCCGGCUGAUAUGUCGUCGAGCUUGUCGGUGUCGCGAUCGCCGACGCCGUCGGCUAACUCUUCGAGCAUUGCGUUGUCGUCGACCGCCAACUCUUCAAGUAUCGCGUCCUCGACCAUGUCCAUGACUUCAUCAAUGUCCCCCAACUCGUCGUCCUCUUCAACCUCGCGAGUACUUCCACCGUCAACCUUGAGCAUGCCCACGACUACUCCUCCAUGGGGGUCCGGCAUACCAUCAGGCACCCCUACCCCGGGUAACUGUGGCGGCUGCAAGUCGUAUUUCGACGUAAUCGCGAACGGGAAGUGUAGGCCAGAUGGCUCCGACGCCGAAGCGUGCGCUAAGUGGAGUCUUGCUGAAUUGUGCUUUGGUAAUCGGAGCCCUGACUACUGCAAGACGGGCCCCUGCAAGCACUCUGCCUGUCCCAAGGAAAACCUUGGCGACUACUCAAAGGCAAACCCCGCGUCCCCUUUCACCACUGUCUUGUCGCUGUCCAGCACCACAGUCUCGGUCACUGCUACUCCGUCUAAGACGACGGUGAGUCUGUCGGCCUCAGCCACGCCAACAUGCAAGUCCGGCGGCAGUAUCUCGCCACACGGCAAGUGGACUGCAUACUGGGAGCAGGUGAACUACGGCGACCAGUAUUCGGAUUUCACGUGGACCCUGUGGGACGAGAACGGCUGCGAGGCGGGCAAGGGCUCGGCCAACAACCGACAGCUCUUGGGUGCGGAUAUCGUGACGGACAUUGGAGCGCAAGGUCGCCCUCAGGAGCAGAAGAUGGGUUACAUGUUGCACGCCAACACCACAGACUCCACCGCCGAGUCUCGUUCGGAGAUCCAGUUCACCAUCUCGAAGCCUCCCGCUGGCUGCACGGAGUUCUGCUGGGUGAAAUGGAAGAUCACCAACGGAAUUGCUUCAAAGCCCUGGGAGAUCACCGACGACUGUGCACAGCAGUGCGGCAUGCGCAAGCUCACCCCAACAGACGUCGGCUGCGACGACGGCAUCAACAAGUUCCAGACGGCCGACGAUGACAGUCUCAACAAGCGCGGAGGCUACUGCUGGUGGCGCAUGCCCUUUGAGCCCGCCAACGACGACCCUGUCCCGCCUCCACCACCACCUCCACCACCUUCACCACCCAUCACGCGAGAGAGCAUCUGGCGCCUCGAGAUCCGUCAGCAGAUGGAGCACGAGAAGUCGGAAGUCGAAUGGACGCUCUACGACCCCAACAAGAACCACGCCGGCUCCGGCCUGGCCGACACCUCAUCCGGCGACGUCGUGAAGACCAUAAUCGAAACCCAAGGCCGCGACGAGCACCCCGAAGACAAGCUGAAAUACAAAAUGCAGCUCACCGUGUCCCACCCGCGCAACAAGGACAAAUCAACCGUCAAAAUCGCCUACGCCGACGUCGGCAAGCUCCCCGGCUGCAAAUACGGCACGAAAACCGGCCACGUCCCGUCAUGCAACCCUUCGUACGAGACGGAGACGGAUGACGAGGCAAACGUCGCUAUCCUCAUGGACUGCUACACAAAGUACUACGGCACCGAGUGGGCCUGCGAUCGCCACCUCGUCUCCUCCACUCAGAUGAGCUGCGAUCCUAUUCCCCACGCUUUCCGCCCCAAGAACGCUGGCUUCGAGCGCAGCUUCGCUUGCUGGUGGCCUCAUGACUUUGCGCCCUCGCCUGGCUCCGGUGGCGGACGCGCACUUUGGUAG